AUGCCGAAAAGGGAGCGAUCCGCGGCGCAGGCACGCGCUGAGGCCGUGUAUAGACGCGCCAAUCCGGAUGAUAGGGGCGAUCGGGGCCGUGACCGCAGGGCCGAGAAGGUCGAGUACAGACGCAGACUCAAGAAAACGAGAGCGGAGGCCGCCGCCCUCGCGGUGCCUAACGCUGCUCCUGCGGCUCUCGUUCCCGUCCCGAUUCCGUCUACCGUCCCUCGGCCACGGGCCCUCGGCCAGCACGGCAGGGGCCACCUGCUCGUCGCGAGGCAGCCGAGCUUGGCACUUCCGCCGCCCCUCGCCGCUCUUCCACCUACAAUUGCUCCUCGCCUCGUCGCUCCGAUCCCGCCUUUGGCGCCGACCGCGAGCCGGUACGGCGGCCUCGCCCUGCGCGACAUCGCCUUUGGCAGCAGCCAGGGUCGCCUCGGCAAGGGCGGCCAAGGCACCGUUAGGCUUGGCCGCCACUACGGUGGUCGUCUCGCGGUGAAGCAGCCGCUGCGCGCGAGCAGCGCCUUCGCCUCCGAGUGUCAGAUCGCGGCAGCACUACACCAUGAGAACAUCAUCUAUGUGAUGGGCUUUGCAUGCGCCCCGCGCGAGACGCCGUUCCUCGCUCUCGACUAUGCCGACGCAGGGACUCUGGGAGAUUUGUUGAUCGGGGAUCAGAGGGGCGAGAGCCGCUCCCUCGGCGUGCAGAUUGCAAGAGCAAUGUCGUACCUGCACACGCGAUCUCCCCCCAUCGUGCACCUUGACCUCAAGCCAUCGAACCUCUCGCACUCAGGCACGCCGGGUUGGCGGGCGCCCGAGCAGGUGCGGGUGGCCCGCGACUUUGCAGUCGUGCCGCUUUCGCGUGGCACCGACGCCUGGUCGCUAGGGUGUGUCCUGGCUGCGCUCGAGGCGCCGUCGGGCGUCUGCGACCCGUACCACUUCGCCACGGGCGACGCGCCAGGCAAGUGCGACUCGCGCCUCCGACACGAGCUCGACGCAAUCGUCGCGAACGGCUUCACCCGCCCGUGUGUGCCCGAUGAAAGCCGGCUUGCAGGUGUGGUCAGCGCGUGUACGCACGCCCUGCCUAGCGAGCGAGCGACGUGCGCGUGGGUGCGCGCCGAGCUCGAGCAGCUUCUGCUGCAGCCGUGA